AUGGGAUGCGGCGGGAGUUCUCUUCACCCGCGUUCUUGCAUUCGAGUUCGAGUUCGAGUUCUCUCCACAUUUUCCACAUUUUCCACAUUUGGUUCAGAGAAACCAAUUUGCUUAGGGAUUAGUGUUUAUGUGACAGAGGGAGGAGUUCGUGUACCGACGAAGCCUCUUCUCCAUUGGAAUUUUGGAACGAGGAGAGCUAGAUUGGUAGUGUUUCCAAUCAGAGGAAGAAAUUGGUGUUUCAGCAGAUCCAUCGACCUUGCCGCUUCGGAUUCUGCUUCUACUCAGAUUCUUUCCACUUUGAAGGAUCUCUUGACCAAAAUUCCAUCGUCUUCUUCCUCCAAAUCAGACGCUCUCUCCCGCGGCACUGGUAGAAGCAAUGCGGAGAUUGUUACUGAUUUCAUCUCUUUCAAGAUGAAUAAAGCGUGGACUGCUCUUGAGAAGGCUCCUGAAAAAUCGUUUAAAAAUAAACUUCACGGGAUCGGAUUGAUGCUUUUAUCUCGAGUUACGCCGUCUGAGAUAUUCUUGAAGUCAAUAACUAAAGAUAUCACGAGUGUCGAAAUAACAUAUCGAUCGAGUUUGAAUCCACGGCUAGUUCGCAGGAGGUUACGGCAUAUUUCUCUCAGGGGAAUUCUGUCAUGGAACCACAGGCUCAUUGUUCGCACAUUUUCUUAUUGGCGAGCUCUGAAGGAUAUACAGCCAUUGAAGAAACUCGACGAAAUUCCAAGUCGGAUGGAGAGAUCUAAUGAUACAACUACAAUUAAGGAUACAAUGAGAUCAGCUCGAUCCAAUUUUCAGAUGGGAGGGGAAUGAAGGUGCAACAUUCAAACAAAGAUGAUCGAUCAAAUUCACAAAAUGAGGGAAUCACAUACGCUUGGAUUAAUGUGCGAUCUCAUCCAUCCCCAAGACGACAACAAUCGGAUUCGUCUAAGAAGUUCUCUUCUCAAUACAACCCAAAUGUGGUUGGCACCAGAUAACCAUAUUGGUCAGUAGUACUACCCUUUUAUUUAUUUUAUUUUUUUGCAUCGUAUCUAGUUUUUUAGUAUCAUUUAAAAACAUUAAACUAUUUGAUCUAACAUCGAAACCUAUUAGAGUUUGAAGUA